AUGUCGCAAGCCUCGACCAUCUGUGAUCUCCCAACCGAAAUCCUACUCAUAAUAGCCCACCAUCUUGAUGCGUUCAGUCUCAUCUGGCUGCAACGUUCCUGCCAGCUCUUUCGUGGAACAAUACCGUCUCCUACUCACCUGGAGUUGAUAGAGGCGGAAACUACUCAAUUCGGGUUUCAGAACGAUUUAUACGCCUGUCGGGAUUGUCUUCGAUUGCGACCCAGAGCAAAAUUUGCGGAUAAUAUGGUGAAAAGGAAAAAGGCCAAGCUGAGACACAAUGCGACAGAAAGGUGGUGUGUUGACUGUGGUCUCAACCCGCGCCCAGGCACCAAUAGAUACACCGUCGGCAAUAUCAUCACCAUUUUGGAGGAAACAUAUGUUAUCUGCUUAGAAUGUCGAGAAUUCAGAGAGGGCGUCUCAGAAAACGGGAAACCAUUAGCUGUGUGCCGAGUCUGUCGGCGAUUUACGAGGGCAAUCGAGGAGCGUGCGGAGGCUGACAGAGCACGGCGAGAAAGGGCCAGACUGCGAGCUGAACAGGCUGAACGAAGAGCCAGAAGACGUGAGGUGUGGGGCUCAGCUUCCGAUAGCGAUGAGAUAAUCCCGCCGAGUCCUACAUGGAGUGAAGAGUAUAUGGAGAUGGUCCAGGCCGAAGCUGCUAUGUACAUGAACAGCCCCGGUGCUGGGUCCGAUUGA